UGAACAGUGAAGCUUAUAGGGAAACUCCAACCCAGAAAGAAAUGCAAAGACUGCUUUAACCAAAGCAACUCCAGACGGCUGUAAUUCCUGGGAUCGUAUAUGAAAACAUGAUGGAGCAGAUAUUCAUCCAUAGGGCUGUCACUUUGUUUCCCAAUGCUGCAGUUCGUAAAUUACUGCUGAUGUUGAUGUUUCUCUUAGUUUUCUGGGUCAUUUACUUCUCUUCAAAAGACCACACAAAGUUUUUUUCCAGUUUGAGAAAACCUAGCUCUCUGAAUUAUUGGAACAUCUUCAGAAAGUCCUCCUACCAGGAAGAACCACUGAAUUCAGAGAUUUCACCAAUAGAGAUGGAGUUGAGAAUAGAGGGAAUCAGGGAGAAAUUAGACCAACUGUUCCCACCCAGACCCUUCACCCACGUGACCUCCACCACCAGCGCCACACACAGCACAGCCACCAUCCUCAGCCCUAAGGACACAUACUGCAAGGGGGAUCAGCUGGACGUCCUGCUGGAGGUGAGGGACCACUUGGGACGCAGGAAGCCAUAUGGCGGGGAUUUCCUGAGGGCCAGGAUGUCCUCCCCAGCCCUGCAGGCAGGCGCCUCGGGAAAGGUGAGCGACCUCAACAAUGGCACCUACCUUGUCAGCUUCACUCUGUUCUGGGAGGGCCAGGUGUCUCUGUCUCUCCUGCUCAUCCACCCCAGUGAAGGGGUGUCAGCUCUCUGGAGGGCAAGGAACCAAGGCUACGACAAGGUGAACUUCACAGGCUACUUUGCCCGUGGCUCCUCUUGGGUCCCCUCUAAAUGUGGUCUCACCCUCCAUGUAAAUGCUGAACUGUGCAAGUACUUGGACCAUCGUGACCGGGAAGCCUUCUACUGUGUGAGACCACCACAUGUUCCCUGUGAGGCACUGACCCACAUGACCACCAGGAAUGCAAACAUUUCCUACCUUACAAAGGAAGAAUGGAGCCUUUUCCAAAGGGUCAACAUGGGGGUUGAAAUAAUGAAGAACUUUUCCUCCAUCAAGGUCUUACCAUGUAACAAGAGUAAGAACAUAGAAACAAAAUGUCAGCUUGGCAUGAAGACUCCUUUCCCCAGUGGCUACACCAUGGAAAAAAGGUGGAUUGCAGCAUUUUGCAAACAGAUCGAGUUAAAUGAACCAAAAAAUAUAAAUAACUGCUUGAAGAGAAAACUUAUUUACCUCAUGGGAGAUUCAACCCUGCGUCAGUGGAUUUUCUACUUUCAAAAAGUGGUGAAAACCUUAAAACAUUUUGAUCUUCAUGGAGCUGGGGCCUUUGAAACACAUAUGCUUCUGGAUGCCGAAAGACAUACUUUGAUUCAGUGGAAAAAGCACAGUCAUCCGAUUGUUACCCAAACUCGGUACUCAGUGAAGGUUGACAACUACAUCCCACGGGAAAUUGACCGGAUAGCCGGAGACAGGGACACAGUCAUUGUCAUUACCAUUGGUCAGCAUUUCCGACCCUUCCCCAUCAACCUUUUUGCCCGCAGGGCCAUCAAUAUUCAAAGGGCCAUUGAACGUCUGUUCCUAAGAAGCCCGGAGACCAAAGUGAUACUGAAAAGUGAAAACACUAGGGACAUGGCUCAAAAUGCAGAGAUAUUCAGUGAUUUUCAUGGUUAUAUUCAGAAUCUUAUCAUAAGGGAUAUUUUCAUGGAUCUCAACGUGGGUAUUAUUGAUGCCUGGGACAUGACUAUUGCAUAUGACACUAAUAAUAUCCAUCCACCUGAUCAUGUGAUUAGAAAUCAGAUUAACAUGUUCUUAAAUUACAUUUGCUAGAGGAAAAAUACAGAAAACAGUAUCAACCAUUCUCUCUAGAUGACCUCACUUAUACUGCAAGGAUAGUUGAAUGAAUCCGAGGUAAGAGACAACAAAAUUUUUAAAAAUAUUGUUAAACUAUACAUAAAAUUUACAACUUACACUAUUUAAGAGUAUAAUUCAGUGGCAUUAACUACAUUCAUAGUAUUGUGCAACCACUAUCAUGAUCUAGCGCCAGAAUUUUUUGUCAUCCAAAAUAGAAACUUCAUAUCCCUUAAACCACCCAUGCCCCCUUUCCCCUCAUACUCAGUCCCCAGCAACCACUUUUCUACUUUCUGUCUCUAUGAAUUAGAAUAUUCUAGGUAGCUCACAGAAGAGGAUUAUAUAGUAUUUGUCCUUUGUACUAGCUUAUUUCACUUAGUAUAAUGUUUUUAAGAUCUAUCCAUGUUAUAGCAUACAUUAGGAUGUCCUUCCUUUUUAAAGGCUGAAUAAUAUUUCAUUGCAUGUAUAUGC